GUAUCCACUGAAACAGCGAACAACCGUUUUGUAUUCGUUUUUUAGGCUGCUCACGUUUUAUUUAUAUGUUGAGGCGCUAAGGAAGUGAGAAAAUAGUGGCGUGGUUCACGGGGAGGAGUGAGCUUGACCCCCGUGUCAACUUUUUAAAGAGACUGUGGAUGUUGGUUAUGUCGCUGUAAGAACGGAGCAACAUGCGCGCAGAAGGGACGCAAAAACUUGUGAUUGCUAUCUCUGCUGCCAACUCACUUUUUUAACGUCGUAAGAAGUAUCGCGUUGGGAAGGGAAAGCAGAAUAUUUACGUUUCAAACACUGGUAAGGUUGCCAGGUUGACAUUUGAGGGCAGGAAAAACUCGCAAUACAGGUUGCGGCGUGUUUGUGAGUGUGUGCGCGUGUGUACGUUUCAUUUCACGUUCACCCGAGGUGGGCUAUCUUUUGAUAUCAAAACCAAAUGAAUGUAAAGAGUUAGGGAUUGAAUAAGUAACUAAGAGAUCCAAUAAUGACGGACCCGAGAAGAAAGAAACUGUUCAUCGCGAUGGACGUGCUCUGUAUUUUUGCAGCCUCCUUGCCGUCCAUUAUCAUGAACAUCGUGUAUCGACCGUAUCAGAGGGGCAUCUACUGCGAGGACGAGAGUAUCAAAUACCCCUACAAACCUGACACCAUCACUCAUGGCCUGCUCGCCGUCGUCACCAUCUCCUGCACCACUAUUAUCAUCUCCUGUGGUGAGGCCUACCUGGUGUACAGUAAGAAGAUCCAAUCGAACUCUGAGUUUAACCAGUAUGUGGUGGCCCUCUACAAGGCGCUCGGCACUUUCGUGUUCGGUGGGGCGGUCAGCCAGUCGCUCACCGACAUGGCCAAGUACACCAUCGGACGGCCUCGCCCCAACUUCAUGUCCGUCUGCGCCCCCAAAAUAUGCAAGGGUUACAUGCUCCAGAUCAACUGCACCGGAGUCCCGGCGAACGUGACCGAGUCCAGGUUGUCUUUCUACUCCGGGCACUCUUCCUUUGGGAUGUACUGUAUGCUGUUUUUAGCGCUCUACGUCCAGGCGCGACUGGCGGCCAAAUGGGCGAGACUGCUUCGUCCCACCAUCCAGUUCUUCCUGGUGGCGUUCGCCGUCUACGUGGGCUACACCCGAGUGUCCGAUUACAAGCACCACUGGAGUGACGUGUUGGCUGGACUUUUACAGGGGGCCCUGGUGGCCGUUCUCACCGUGCGCUACGUGUCUGAUUUUUUCAAGCUACGUCCUGCCCGCUGCUCGAGCCCGGUGACGGUGGAGAGCGAAGUCUUGGAGAGAAAGCAAAGCCUUCCUGACGGAGAGGCGGAACACAACAAUCAUUACAGUUAUGCUGGGUCUGUGUGAUGCACCCAGUCCGCCAACCACUCGCACACUACGACUCCCACAAACCACUGGACUGACCAGGGGCGGGGCUUCACUCUCAAGUGGGUGUGGUUUACCAGCCUUCCUGCCUUCCUCGACAGAAUUGAC